UUGUACUGUUAAUCCUCGCAAAUUCCUCCUAUACCGUAAAUUGACAGUUUUAUUUUCUUUACACCCAUCUCACACCAUUUUUAUGUUGGGAAACGGCAACCCUGUGCUUUGCACUGACGAAUCGCAACGCAAAUUCGUUUUUUCGUUGGUUUUCUUCGUCGAUGAUCGAAGAGGUGGAAAGAAGUUUUACCAUUAGUUUUACUCAUCGUGCGUGGAGACUCAUAAAAGAAAAGUUUUAUACAAUUUCACUAGUGAAUAUUGGAAUAAAGACAAAAUUAAUAUAGGAACAAUUUUCUGAGGCUACAAAAUACGUGCGCGUACUGAAAUAUUAAAACGCAAACUCAUAAACCCUUUAUUGCUAAGGUGUGGAAAAAGUUAAGUAAAGCAGCAGCAACAGAAGUACAGGAGAAGGCGAAGAAAAUUCCAAUUGGACUUGAAAGCAUACAAAAAAGCAAGACAAGUCGUCGUCAUAUGCGAAAAGUGAACAAAAGUCGAAAGCAAAACGAAAAAAACUACAAGCAGUGAGAGUGGGAGAGACCAAUAGAAAAAAUUGACAGUUCGUUACGAAUUUUGCAGAAAAAAUAAAAUACAACAAUUACAUUUUGUCCAGAUUCAAUUGUCUAACUUUUCAUAGGGACAGAGCUGUUGUACAAUCCUGAAAGGAAGUAAUAGUGAAAAAUCUUGGAAAUAGAAAGUCAUUAAAAAGGCAAGAAGCUUAACACCGUUUCUAUAAUUCGCCUACGCUGUUGUUGCUGUAUUUGUUUUUGCGGCUUUUUACAAGCUUUCAACGUCUCUUACGUUCUUUAGUAUUAUUAACUUUGUCCUAAAAUACCGCCCGGAAACACCAAAAUACUCAUACCGCAUACAUGCUACCCUCGCAACAAAUUCGUCGAUCACAGACUCACUACCAACAUUGAAGUCGCACUUGUUAUAGCGGUGACUUGUUCCUGUGAAAAAAUAUAACUUUUUAGUUUACAAAAGCCGACGAAACUCUUAAAAGAAUUGUGGUGGUUGUGUUGAUUUCUAUACAUUGCAAACAGUAUUUUGUAUUACUUCCAAGCUUUUUACGAACUUUUUGGUCAAACGGAGCAGGAGGGAAUAGUAAAUUCGCAGCUGCUGCUGUAAGGAUUCACUUAUUAACCACGAUAUGGCGCUAGAUAUGGGUUUGCCUGUAAAUGGCACCAAUGCGCUGACAUCAUCCUUUACGUCGAAGAAAAAGGAUGCAUCUACUGCAGCCGAGGAGAAUUUAUGGUCGGCAAUUUUGAGUGAAGUACAAAAACAAGGUAGCACAAAACUUCCAUCAAAUAAAUCAGUACUAGUAUUAGGCGAUAAUGCCACCGGUAAAACGACUCUUAUAGCGAAAUUGCAAGGUGUCGAGGAUCCGAAAAAAGGUUCAGGAUUAGAGUAUGCGUAUAUCGAUGUGAAAGAUGAGUACAGAGAUGACACAACACGAUUAGGCGUUUGGAUUCUGGAUGGCGAUCCAGGACAUACAAAUCUCCUGCGUUAUGCCUUAAAUGAAACGAACUUCGAACAUACCCUCGUCAUACUCACAGUCUCAAUGACAGAGCCAUGGGCAUGGCUUGAACAAUUGAAUCAUUGGAUUAAAGUGCUCUCAGAACAUAUUGAGAGUCUGAAAUUGGAACCACAAGAGAAGCAGGAGGCACGACAACGGCUAAUCACCUCGUGGCAGAGUUAUUGUGAGGUUGGCGAUGAUCUGGAUCCCGGUUCGCCGGUGAAACGUACGAUGAGAAAUAAUUCGGUUGAUGACGACGAUCUACUACCGCUCACCGAGGGAGCGUUGACAACAAAUCUCGGCCUGGAUAUUGUUGUGGUGGUCACAAAGACGGACUACAUGACAACGCUGGAGAAGGAGUACGAUUAUCGAGAUGAACAUUUUGAUUUCAUACAACAGUGGAUACGUCGUUUUUGCUUACAGCAUGGCACAUCACUUUUUUACACAAGCGUUAAAGAAGACAAAAACUGUGAUCUCUUAUAUAAAUAUUUGACACAUCGAAUUUACGGCUUACCAUUCCGAACGCCUGCGCUAUUCGUUGAGAAGGAUGCGGUUUUAAUCCCCGCAGGUUGGGAUAGCUUGAAGAAAAUAAGUAUUUUGUAUGAGAAUAUGCAAUCGUGUAAGGCAGAGGACUACUACACAGACAUUAUCUCGCCGCCACAGUCCAGAAAAACUGUCGCCAAUCGUGAAAUCGAAGUGCAAACAGAGGACGAACAGACGUUCUUGUCGCGGCAGCAAGAGAUUCUCAAGCAGGGCGGUCAGAUGCGCGGCGAAUCACCACUGCGCACUCAAGGCAGCAACAAAGGCAUGCAACCACGCACACCCGGGUCCGGCGGACAGGGCUCACCCAUAAAAGUGAAUGUCAAACCAACACCAGCUACACCGGGCAAUGAGGGUGUGCUCGCCAACUUUUUCAAUUCAUUGUUGCACAAAAAAUCCGGCUCACCCGCCACACCAGCGACCCCACCUAAUGCGCCCAACGCGGCCAGUACACCACGCACUAACGGCACCGAUGGCGCCAUUGAUAAAUUGGCAGUACGUUCAGAUGCUGCAGCCGAACUCGAUCGUUUGACGAGAAGUGCGAAAAAAGAAAUGGAUUAUUCACAAAGUGAGUGUUAAGCAGCUAGGCGUAGAAUGAAAAAAAAAAAACAAAAGAUUUCAAAUCGACUAGUAAGACACAAGUAUAUGAACAACACCACAGUGCGCUUUUGAUAAAUCGGGGGGAGAGGCGGCGUGAGCAACAACAAAAUUCAAGCAAAAACAAGCAACAAGUAAACAACGUAUAGUUAAGUGAAAUGAAAUGAAAUGAAAUGGAAUGAGUGAAAGCCUUGUGUAUGUAAGCACUAAAUGACGUGUGUAAUAAAACGUAAUCCCAAAGGGACUGACCACUAGCUAAGCAGCCCUUAAAAUGUACGAGCGAAAAUAACGGAUUCAAAAAAAUAUCUAUAUAUAUAUAUACAUUUGUAAGAGAGAUUCCCUCAACUAUCGAGAGACACGGAAAUGAAUGUUUUAAAGAGGAUAUAUUUGCAAAUUUUAAAGCAAACUAAAAUAACACAAUGCAAUCUGCGUCUGUCUAUACACUUAACAUAGCAGUAACGUUAAAAAAAAAGUAAAAAAGAAGAAGAGAAGAAAAUAAAAAAUGUAUUUUCACCAUCAUCAUUGUCUUGCUAAAACUCGUGUGUGACGCCUGCAUAUGUUGAUUUGUUGUUCCCUACAACGCUACUGUUUAUGGUAAUUAUUUUAAAUAUUUAUUUGCCUUCCAAAAAAAAAAACGCAUUAAAUGCAAAACAUUUGUCAUUGUCUAUUAUAAGCGCUGAAAACUGCUGUAAACAAAUUACAAAAAUAAAACUAUUAACAAUUACGAAAAGUGUGAGCAGGAAGCGUUGAUAAUGUAACAUCGAGUUCUUUUGAUUUUUAAAGUCAGGUUAAACACUUAUCUGUCAUACAAGACGAGACGAGAUGUCGAGACGAGACCAGUGAAACGUUAGUGGGAAUAUAUUUUCUUUUGCGCUGUUGCUCAAAGAAAAUUAUAAAACAUAAAUAUACGCGAAUAUAUGUAUGCACAGCCUUUUUUAUGUGCAGUGUUUUAGAGAAGAUGGCGUUUGCAUGUGUUUCCCCAUUUUUAAAGCAAAUUUUUAAGACGUUCUCAUGCUUUUGUGUUCCAAGUAAACGAUUUUUCACUUUAGCGUAAAUUAUAAAUAAGAGCUAUGGCAAUAUUAUUGGCAAAAUUGCCAUUCUUUAUUUUUAUAUGCUAAUUUUUAUUAUUUUUUGCUCAAAGCUUAAAGUAUACUGUAAUUUUAUAUAAAUAUAUAUUUAAAUAUAAAUAUUAAAUUUAAUUUAGUAAACACGAUAAUUUCAAUUCUAAACUGUGCAUAAUUUACAAUUAAAAUAAAUAAAAUAAUAAUAAUAAUAACAAUAAUAAUGAGUUAUAUACAAAAACAUACAUACAUGCAUACAUAUAUUUGUAAAAUGAGGAGAUUCUAAAAAAAGCAAAUAAAAAGUAACAAUGAAUAUGCGUAAAAUGGUUGAUCAAAGUAAAAAAAUAAAUAUUUAAGAGACUUCAUAAGGAUAUAAGAAUCGACAAGAAUUCUAUGUAGUACGUUCAUUCCAGAGCUGUAAAAUACUCAAUAAACGCGGUAAUUCAAAUUGAACAAUUACAAAUACAUGUUAUUAGCAUUCACUACAUUUUCUGGCAUACAAUUCAAUAUGGUUAAUUUUAAACUAAAAAUUUUGAAAAAGAAAAUUUGAAAUAAAAUGUAAUUGUACUUUGAUGGCUGUUUCUACAAAUUACCAUUAUUUUGUCAGCUCUGGCUUCAACUACAUGUGUGUUGAAAUAAACAAA